AUGGGACGAACACUCUGCCCAAAGUGUCAGCGACCUCAUUCAGGGGAAUGCCUGAAAGGAAUGAAUAUAUGCUAUAGAUGUGGGGAAACUGGGCACUAUGCUUCAGUAUGUCCGAAGAAGAAUGGAGGAGCACCUCAACAGCAAAACCCCAGAAAUGAACAGCGACAAAAUCAGGCUUUGUUUGAUACGGGAGCGUCCCACUCUUUCAUUUCACAUGCUGCUUGUAAGAUAUUAGAAUUGACUCCACAAUUGGCUGAGACAACUUUAGAAGUUAGCACCCCUGGUGGUGGAAGAUUGGCUGCUAAGGACAUUAUCUCGAACUUAGAGCUGAACAUAGGUGCUGAAACAUUUAAGGCAGAUUUGUAUGUCAUCACUAUGAUAGAGUUUGACAUAAUCCUAGGGAUGGACUGGCUUACUCAAGUCGGUGCCACGAUACUGUGUAGCGAGAGAAAGAUCUCUUUCCAAUCCGCUGGAAAGGAGAAGGCAAGUUUUCAUGGCAUAAGAAUGGGAGGAAGAGUACCAGUGAUUUCGGCGAUGAAGGCCACAAAGAUAAUGAGAACGGGAGAAUGUCAGGCUUUUCUGGUCAGUUUGACAGGAGAACAUGAAGUAAAGAAAACGAUCGAAGAAGUUCCAGUGGUGCGAGAAUUCAAAGAUGUUUUUCCCGAAGAAUUGCCCGGCGAGAGUCGACGGCGACAGCCAUGGCUGCUGUCGCCGGAUGUUGCACAGAGGGAGGCCGAGGGAGGCGGCGGCGUCCGUCGUGGCCAAGGGAGAGAGGGAGAACAGAGGCUGUUCCCGCCGGGUUCGGUGAACAGAGGGGAGAACGGCUGCGGCCGGAACUAG